AUGCCUCAUAAACAUACUCGUAAAGGUGGGGAGGACAAAUCUACUAUUAACUUACCACCCACCACGAUCGCAAAACCUUUGCCUGUUUCCAAAUCUAGCAAUGCCAAUGGAAUCUUUACCAGUGAACUAGAUUCCACACGCAAAAAUAAUAAGAGGAAGAGAAAUACCAAUGCAGACGAUGAUACACCUAAAGCGUUUGCAAGACUUAUGGCUUUUAAGUCCGGACAGAAAUUACCAAAAGGAUUGGACGAUGGAUUGAAAAAACCAAAGGCCAAAAAAGCGAAGAAUAACGAUGGUGAUUCGCAAAAAAAGGAUGUGCCAACGCCAAAGAAGGAACCAGAAAUGGAAAUUCCGAAGAUUAGACCAGGAGAGAAGAUGUGGGAGUUUUCAGCAAGAGUUGAUGCAGCAUUACCAGUCGGAGGAUUAAUUCACAAGAGUGCUAAAGGUGGUAAAGAUCCAUUAGGUCUCAAGCAAGGACGUACAAAGACGGAGAAGAAGAUGCAUCGAAUGUAUGAUGAAUGGAGGGAAGAAGAGAAAAAGAUUCAGGAGAAACGACAGGAGGAAGCAGAGUUGAGGGAAGAAGAUGACAUGGAAAUGGAUGGAGAAGGACAAAUGCAAUGGAAAUCGGAAAUUAAUACAACUGGAAAAACAGGGAAGAAUAAGAAGAAAAAGAAGAAGGUGGUGGGAGAAAUAGAUGAUGGGAAUGAUGACCCUUGGGCAAUAAUUGCGAAGAAUAGAGGUGAGGUGAAGGCGGGUUUGAAUGAUGUGGUACAAGCUCCGCCGACGUUCACUAAGGUUCCUAAAGCUAAGUUCAAGGAACUUCAUGGAGCGAAGGUGGAAGUGUCAGAUGUACCCAAAGCAGCUGGAAGUUUGAGGAGAAGAGAAGAAUUGGGUGAAGAGAGGAAGAACAUUGUUGAAUCAUAUAGACAAAUGAUGAAGGAUCACAAGGACAAAGCCAAGUCACAGUAA